UACAAUGCUCCCUUUCGACGACCCAUUCAAGAGUGGGUGCAAAAGUUGAGCACUACCAGCGAGGUUCUGGAGAUUUGGAUGCGAGUUCAGAAUCUCUGGGUCUACCUGGAGGCCGUGUUUGUGGGUGGUGACAUUGCAAAACAACUGCCGGCCGAGGCGAAGCGAUUUCAGGCCGUGGACAAGACCUGGGUCAAAGUGAUGGAAAGGGCUCGCGAUACUCCCAACGUGUUGACCUGCUGCGCUGGAGACCAGUCACUGUUAGAGCUGUUGCCAAGGCUGCUGAGUCAGUUAGAAUUGUGUCAAAAGUCGUUGACUGGAUAUUUGGAGCGUAAGCGACUUCUCUUUCCUCGUUUCUUCUUUGUCUCCGAUCCCGUCCUACUCGAGAUUCUCGGCCAAGCCUCCGACCCACACGCCAUCCAGGCCCACCUACUCGCUAUUUUCGACAACAUUAAACGAGUUCAAUUCGCAGAUAAAGCAUAUGAGAUAUUGUAUGCCUUUUCACAGGAAAACGAAAAACUGCCAAUGAUGCAACCGGUCAAAUGCGAGGGACAUGUCGAGAAUUGGCUCACUGUGUUGCUACGUAUCAGCCAAACCUCGUUGCAUGUGCUCAUUCGGAAGGCCUUCUACAGCAUCAUUGAUCCGGCCAACGAUCUGAUAGAGUUCUUUGACAAUCAGCUCUCUCAGAUCUGCCUGAUUGCCAUUCAGAUUCUGUGGACACGAGACGCUACAGAAGCACUUCAAGGGGCCCGAGACAACCCAAAGAUCGUAAGCAAGACAAAUAAGCACUUCCUCGACCUGCUCAAUGUGCUGAUAGGUGAGACAACACGCGAGUUAAGUAAAACGCAAAGGACCAAGUACGAGACCCUAAUUACAAUCCAUGUUCAUCAAAGAGACAUAUUUGACGAUCUGGUAAGCUCCUUCAGUUUCUAUUUCACUUAUUUCUCCUCGAUUGUUAUGCAAAAAUUUACACAAUCUCCUUACAUAAUGCCCUUAAAUAAUUAUAAACCUCGGUCCCGCUUGCCAAGGUGGAGUUGA